AUGGAAGAAGCCGAUGACGGGCAGUGUAGUGUCGUCUACUUCUGCCCAGGGACCGACCAUGAGAUAUCAGCCCUCUACCAUGGCUCCAAUCCGCCAGCUCUAGCGGCGCGCGACCGUGUGCAGUACCCGUCGCGAGCGGAUGUAUACRAUAAUGUGCGCCGGCUGUUGGACGUCGACCAGGGCAGCUUUCGGCAAGUAUUUGUCAGUUCGCGAUCUGCAGAGUGUGCCGACAAAUUAUCCACAUUUGCAAGCAAAGGCAACACUGUCGUCUUGGUGGAGUUCAACGAUGGAGGUGCGAAUGCGCAAAACUCGGAGGCAUUACUAUUCCUGCGCAGCCUCGUCGCCGAUGUGGAGAAAGGACGGCAUCCACAGCGCGUUGCAGCCUUUGUGCUCGUGAGCAGCGACGCUCAGAACGAAUCGGAGGAAUCCUGUGAAAGUCCUUACCUGGAGUCUGGCGCCAUUGAUACCAUGCGGAGUCCCCUCUGCUCCGAUGCCAUGGAUCGAUUAGUGGGGCAUGUCAAAGAGGUCACCAGGAWGCCUGCGCGACAUCUUGCCUCCGAUAUGGCGCGCAAUUUAAUCAUCAGCAUCGCAAGUAAUGUCGAGCCUCGCGUUGCGACCCAUCGACCGGAUGAGCUCCUUUCUUCGCAGCGUAGAGCCGCAGUUGAAGACGCAGUCGCGAAGUGGCACUUCCCUGCUCAUGAGUUCGACAUGGACGAGUUGGCAUACGCCGCUUUGGUCAUGCUGGAGCAUAUCUUGCGCCAUCCAGCACUUAGGCAGUACGGCCUUGCAAGGCCUGAGCUCAUGACUUUUAUUCUUGCCGCAAGACGACAAUACAAGCAUGAGCGAGAGGUGCAUUAUCACAAUUGGCGGCAUGCUGUUGACGUGACUCAGUCACUGUAUUGUUUCCUGUGCGACGUGCGACUCUGUCUACCGUCAGACCCUGCUGCUGCCCCAAAGAAGGAACUCAGCGCAUUGGAGCAAUUGUUGACGCCCUUCGACGCGUUGAUCUUGCUCGUCUCGGCUGUGGGACACGAUGUUGGCCAUCCGGGUGUCAACAAUGCGUUUCUCGUGGCGAGCGGCAACCAGCUGGMCCACGUAUACAACGAUAAAUCUGUCCUGGAGAACUACCACUGUGCCGCCUACUCGCAGCUCAUCCGUCGGCACUGGCCUAUCUUGGGUAACAUUGCGCUAUUCCGAUCGACCAUKAUCACUACCAUAUUGGCUACGGAUAUGCAGCGUCAUUUUGAGUACAUGGGGUACCUUCGUGAACUCAAGCAGAAAGUGGCGAAGAGCGACAUGCAUCUGGUCGAUUGGAAUGAGAAAGAUCGAGAACAUGCACGAGAGCUGGWAAUGGCGUUGCUCAUAAAGGCAGCGGAUAUCUCAAAUGUCGCACGACCUUUCGAGAUAUCCGCUCAAUGGGCCAAGAUCCUGAUGAAUGAAUUUUCGCGACAGGGCGAGCUGGAACAAGAAUUGCAGAUUCCUACAUGUCUGUUCGGUGGUCCACCGAACAAAGAGGAUGCCCUGGCCGCAGCGCAAAGUCAGAAAGGCUUCAUGAAUCUUUUUGGUCUACCACUUUUCCAUGGGAUUUCCGAGGUCAUGCYCAACCUUUCUUGUACUUUGCCGGAGCUGGAAAAGAACAAUGACGUGUGGGAGAAACGGAUUGCCGAAGAGACGAGGCGGCAGGAAGCUCAUAUCCAACGCGGCAGCUCUCUGCUGACGUAUGGCUCCGUAUCAUCCGAAACGGUCGAUGAAGCCCGAACACGACAGCGCCAGGGCGAAUCGCAAGCGGCUUCAACUGUUGUCCCACAGACACCCACAUCGCCCACCAGGAGACAGGCACUUGGUGAAACACAUGGGUCGUCAUCCAGGAACACCACGGGCGAACACCGUCAGCGUGCAAGUUUGGGGGUGCCAACGAGCGAGCAAAAGCGAGCAUCCACGCCCGUGCUGUGGCCCAGUGUGUUGCAGCUCUCUCCAACUGGAGGGUCUAGCAGACGUUCGAGUAAAGAUGUUGCCCUCAACCACAUGCAUGAAAUCACCUACGCUCAACACAAUAUGGCUGCAGCUGCUGCCGUCGCCGCAGCAGGAUCAAGGAGAGGAUCGGCAGAUACCAGUUGGCAGAUUAAUCAAAAUUAUCCCGGAUCUAGACGUGGCAGCAAAGACGACAGCUUAACAACAAUUCUGGUCACGAGUCAGGGUAGUCCAGGCUCUCGCAGUCCGCCCUCCUCGCCAGGUAGAAAUAGCAAGCCUGAGUCCCCGAGUAGAGCUGCCGCAACGGUUGCUACAGCGGUUGCUACAGCCAUACAGAGGAGGAGCUCGACCUCCAACCAGAACCCUGCUCUGCCGCGGCCUUCCGUUCAGUCAUCAGGAUCCAGAACGACAACUUCAGCGACCGCCACGACUGAACAACAACCGUCCUCAACUCAGGCAUCGUCUCUCGCGCCCAUAGACCGCGAUAGCAUAAAAGCAGCCGAUCGUCAUAAAGGUUCAAGCGAUGGAUCUCCCGACACCUGGCAACAUGGAGGCAACAGUAUACAUCACGAUUCUGCCACUUCCGCCUUGCCAAGUACUACGGCUCCGGAAGGUCUCGCCUCGUCCAAGCCUGACUCGCCACGCGCCAUAGCACGCGUAGCUAGUGGAGACUCGGAGAUUUCUAGCAGUGAUGCUCGCAAGUCCGUCCCACCCUUGCGCGAAAGUCGCAGUCGCAGUCGGCUCCGCGGUCUCAAGUUCUGGAAGAGGCGCAGGGGCGAUACGACAGGCCUCGAGUCUGGGGAGAGUACCCCUUAG